GCUCCUUCUUUGGCCAUGAGCGAGUUGCCGGCAUUCGGCCGCCGCCUGCGGGACGCGGGGAGGGAGCGGCCGCAGCCGCAGCGAGGAUCCGCCGCCGGCAGCGGGCGGGUGCUAUGGCCCAGGCCAAGAUCAGCGCCAAGGCCAGUGAGGCGGCGGCGCAGCAGCAGCAGCAGCAGCAAUCCGGCGGGCAGCUCCGAGGCCGCUUCUACCGCUCCACCUCCAUGGCGGACCGCUCCAGCCGCCUCCUCGAGAACCUGGACCAGCUGGAGCUCAGGGUAGAGGCUUUCCGUGACGCAGCAUCUGCUAUGGAACAAGAGAAAGAAAUCCUGCUAGAAAUGAUCCACAAUAUACAGAACAGCCAGGACAUGAGGCACAUCAGUGAAGGUGAGAGAGAAGAACUUAAUUUGACUGCUAAUCGUCUGAUGGGCCGAACCCUCACUGUGGAGGUUUCUGUAGAAACCAUCCGAAACGCCCAGCAGCAGGAAUCCCUACAGCAUGCCACCAAGAUGAUCGAUGAAAUUGUCAAUAAACUUCUAGAUGAUUUGGAAGACGCCAAAAUCCGCUUAAUGUCGCUUUACGGUGCGUGCACAUCUGACGUGCCGGCAGGACCCAUCGAUCAGAAAUUUCAGUCCGUGGUAAUCGGCUGUGCCAUUGAGGAUCAGAAGAAAAUCAAAAGGCGGCUAGAGACUCUGCUCAGAAACUUAGAAAAUUCUGAAAAAUCGAUCACGUUGCUGGAGCACCAGAAAUCCUCUGUCAGACAGUCUUGCAACAGCAAACAGGAUUAAACUACCCUCCUGGCUACUUCUGGCAAAUCGCAGGGUGAGCAAACCUCCAUAAAAAGCACACAGAAGCUAAGAAAAAAAAAUUUCGCUGUACAAGCACAUGCGUAUAUGCGAAUGCACGCGCAUCCAAGUAUCUUUGAUUGCGAGGUGCGAGGAUUUAGUGGGUUUUGGUAGCAUUGGCAUUUUCUUUUGGCAAUAAUGAACGCUAUCAGGACUUCCCCUGAUACUGCUUGUUGUAAUUGUGCUUCUGCUGAACUGUCAGACACCGUCAAAAUCUAGCCUUUCCUCCAUUCUCCUGGGUUUUGUUUUUUUUUAAGACUAAAGUUGUUUUGUCAUGUAGUGAGAUUUCAGCUUUUCUCUGCUGUAUCCAUAGCGUGUGAACCAGACUUAGGGGGACAAAAACCAAAUCGUGGCAAUAAAUCAAAAACAUUAAUAAACUGUGUAUUUUCAUAAACAACACACUGUCAUACUCAUUACCAUUUAUCAUUUUUAAUAAUUUGUCACUAUUCAU